AUGGCGCUAGCUUCGACAGGGGAUCUGAUCAGCUACAUCACACGUUUAGGUGGUACUAGAUUAACUGUUCAAUAUUUAAGAUUUCAGUUUAAUGUGACUGAGUUCGUUGAAUGCGUUGGUUUGAAUUUUACGGAUGUUAAUUUAUGGCAAACUGAAAACAACGACUACUUAAUAGCUCCAUUAAAUUUAACUGGGUAUGAUGAAGACUUAUGGUUGGAUUGUACGGACAGUCAAGGUGUAGGAGAUAUUUUAGCAGUUACUGAUGGUACCUACGUGGAGGAUAUGUCAUACGUGAGGCAAUUAACAUUAGGUGAUGUACAUAUAUGGAAUGGUAAUAGGUAUACAGUUCCGACUAAUGAAUUACUUGCCAAACAAUGCUCAAACACAUAG